AUGAAGUCCAUCAAGAGCUGUUGUGCAACGCCGGCGAUCACAUUUGAUGCUUUCAAGGAUCAGUGUAGUAACUACAUGAAUAAGGGGCCGCAAACAACACUUUGCCUUUACGAGUGUAUCUUUAAUGCGACAAACACGCUAAGUGGAACGAGCCUUAACAUAAAUAAUGCUCGCACGAUGCUUUCGAAAAUUUUUGGCGACAACCAGGACUUCGUCAACGCUUAUGCUCAAGGAAUGCAAAACUGCACCAGCUCGGUGCAAGAGAUGGCCAGCGCUGCUAAGCAGCGUCCACCUCCACCAACCAUGAUGUUGGGCGGACAGAAUUGCUCGCCUGUGCCUCUAAUGUAUACAAGCUGGACCAACAGCAAUGACUGCAACGAGGCGAAGGAGUAUGUGCAGAAUUGCAAGAAUCAAAACAAAGGUGCUGGUGGCCUCUUAGGCCCGAGGAAAAUUCGAGGAUAA